GGCUCUAAUAAUUAGGCGCAAUUUGGCGGGAAGUGUUUGGCAAUGCCUGCCAUUCCAUUGAAAAAGAUUCUCUCUGUUUCUUCAGAAGAUAAAGUUCACAAAGCUGCUAAUCUUCUUUUACCGGCUGCUAGCCUUCACUGGCUCAGCUCACCAGAGAAUCAGUCAAAAUGCUCAACUGUUGAAGUUGAAAUGGCAAAAAACAGCAAAAUAGGCCAGAUUGAGAUAGGUAAUUUAGGAUCAGCUUUUGUUGAAGUGUUAGUUCGUGAAAGUGAAUCUGGUGGAGACUUUGUUUCAUUGCUGCCUCAAUCAAUGUUAAUGACAGCAGAGGAGAGUAAAAGUGGCCGGAAUCAGACAAGAACUAAAGUAUUUGGUCAAGAUCGUUUAUCUAAAGCUGCUACUGAUAAAAAAUGGCGUUACAUUAAAAUCCAAUGUCUUCAGCCUUACGUUCCUCAAAAACCUUAUGGUCUUCGCUACAUCAAACUAUUUCAAACCAGCCAGAGCCUCCAGGGAUCUGAGACAGGAUCUCCUUCUCUUUCUGGAAGGUCUCCGUUAAACAGCUUAUUUUCUCCGAUUAAAAACCUUCAGAAAUUCAAUACCCCACAACAUUUGAGAACCAACUCAAUGUCAAGUCCUCAGAGUCUUUCGAAAAGAGGCUCAACUUCUGCUCCUCUUCCUCCUCUUCGUACUCCAAAAUUACCAGGACUGAGUGUCCGGGGGAGAGGGGAUUUUGCCAGCGACGAUGGGAGUGCCACGCCCAAGAGACCAAGAAAGGAGCGGGCACCGUUGGAGGAGGACAGUCAAGAGUUUGAGUUUGCCGGGUUAGAGAACCAGUCCAGGUUGUUAAAGAGUACUUUAAAAGGUAACAAUAAGGAACUGAUGGACGCUAACCCAAUAUUGUCUCGUAUUGCAAGUGCUAAGAAAGAGAGCAAAGAGAAAGAGGAGGAGGAAGAGGUGGGUGGAGCUUCUUAUGUUCGUCGUAGACUCUUGACUAAAGAGCUUAAUAAUAUUGAUAACAGUGGAGUUGAUUUUAUAUCGAGUUAUGAUGACAAGGUGGCCAGCUUGGAGAGGUCUAAGACUUCAAGGCUUUAUACUCACAUGAAGCUUAGCAAUUUAGAUGAUUCCAGUGAGAUUGGUGAAGAAUCCUGCAUUGAUCGAAGCAGGUGGAACAAAAGACGAAGUCGAAGAGACAAACAAAAACCGUCAGAUACUGUGAAAGGAUGGAUCAAGAGAAGAGGAAGAGGGAGAAGGUUAGGAUCACUACCUCGUUUUGCUCCAAUAGAAAUGUCCGACAUUCCUUUACUGCUGGAGACAAAGCAGUCGAAACUGUUGGAUUUUUUUGGCGGUAAAGUCUCGAGAGAUGAAGAUGGAGAAGACACAGAUAGUGAUGCUACCAUUGAGUAUAAUGGUGGUGAAAAUGAUGAUGAUGAUGAUGAUGAUGAUGAUGAUGAUGAUGAUGAUGAUGAUGAUGAUGGAAAGAUUGUAGAAGACAAGACUGAGGAUCUUAGUUCAAUCCAAUCGUGUCCAAUAUGCAAUGAACCAGUUCCUCUUUAUGCGCUGGAGCUACAUGCUAGUCAAUGUGCCGAGAAAAACUAUGACAGUCCUUCUAAUAAUAGAUCAGUGGCUGAAAGACAUGUUACUAUUAAUAGCAGUCAUUACGGUGUUACUAAAAAUAGAUCGAAACCUGGGAUAAUCUACAUUGACUGAUGAUGGUGAAGAUCUGUGUACAAUAAUGUUAAGACAUGUCACUGAAUAAUUUUUGCAUUAUUAUGUUAAUUCUCAAAAUUGUUUUUUUUGCUUUAAAAAUCAAUCAGAAAAUCUCA